ACUUCCGGAUAUUUCAGUAUUGGAAAUGGCUCAGUAUAACUUUGCUGUCACUUAGGUGUAAGUUUCCUCUUAAACUUAAAGACUAAAGAGUCAAGAGCUAUAUCAAUUUUAAAGUUGACCAGUGCCCUUUUGCUUGUACUGUAGGCCCUACUGAUUGUUUUAUUGUUGUUGUUUUUUUGUCCUUUAAUACUUUAAUUCAUAAUGCAUAGUCUGUAUCAGGGCCGUUCAGAGGCCGAGGCAACCAAAUAAAUCACUCUGGACCCAUCACGCAAUAGCGAAAUUUUUUGGGGUACCGGUACAUUAAUUUUCAUUAAAAAUCUAAUAUAAUAUAUUGAAAUUGUGUGUGUGUGUGGGGGGGGGGUGUCCCUCAAACUUUAAUUUGCUCGGGACCCAAAGCAAUUCUUUGUAGAUUUAUGGAUGGACGCUAUUUAAGUCGCCCCAUCGUCACAAUUUGUUACAAAAUUUAGACACCCUCUGUGAGUUGCUGAGUGUGGGCCCUGUCAUAACACAUCGUCACGUCACAUCAUCGCCCCCCCCCCCCCCCCACCUCUUCCAAAGUUUCACACAGUUUAUUAGGAUUUUACUAAUUAAGUUUAUUUUUUAGAUAUCAAGUGUUAAACCCUUAUUUCAAAAUAAGGCUAAUAAGGACAGUGACAAUGGGAGGCCUAUCUAAGAAAUUUAUUGCCUCUGCCUCUAUUAUCAAGCCUUUACGUCAGUCAGCUUGCUACACUUCCUCCGUAACAUCUCCAGGAUAUAACUAUGGUCUGUCUGGUAAAGGCAAAUCAAAAAGGUAAUAAAAACAUGUCUAAUAGAAGAAAUAAAGUCUGCAAAUUGUAUAUAACAUAGAAUAAUGAUAAGGUAAAUAACAUAUUUGUCUGCUGUCUGCUUUCAACUGUUACAUUAUUAGUUAUGGCGUUGGAAAAAGUGUUAACAAUUUCCAGCUAACUUUGGCUUGUUGCAUUUAUGAUCUGAGUCUUUUCAUUAUUAUUUUAAAUAUGGCUAAAUAAAAUUUCAGCAAGGUUGUUAGUAAUUUCCCAGUUGUCAAAGGAGAGGUGUUGUUUGGUUUACAUCCUGUCAGCAUGGCACUUAAAUCACAUAGAAGGGAUGUUGUACAUAAUGUUUUCAUCGACAAAAAGUUUCAUGCGGAAGGUAAAAUACAGAGUUUUGUAAAUUUAAUGUUCAUGUUGCCCUUCAAUGGGCCAUCCAUAAAUGAUGUUGGGUCAUUUUGGCUGAUUUGGCUCCCCCUUAAAUUGGUCACAAAUUUGUAACAAAAAUUAGACACUUGUCACACAUGGUCAGAAAUUUUAAACCUUACUCCCAUAACCAAAACCCUCUCUGGAUGCCUAACGUCAUUUAAGGAUGGCACCAUAUAGAAUCAUUUGCAAGGGCACAGGGGGUCGCACAUUUGGGGCCGCCCUGGUGUACAUUUUGGUCAUUCAGUUAAGGUACAUAACUGCAACUAAACACAAUUUUCGACUAAUGCGCUAACUUGUAGUUGAGUCAAAGUCUGUCAUUCACACAAUAAAUUUUAACAGAGCUCUCAUGCUCUAAUUAAUAAUUAGUUCAAGUACUAACAAUAAACAUUUGACACACCUUGUCUCUCAGUAUUAACUCCUGAGUCUAAUGACCUUGACACAGAGCCUUAGGGAUCUGGUCAGCCUUAACUUUAUUAUCUAAUUUGUCAUGUGACAUCAAUAAAAAUAUUAACUAUUGCAGAUUAAAUUUUGUAUAAAUAAUCGCUACACCAAUGAAUGCAAUUUCCUUUGAUCAUAUGUAUUCAGGUCUGAACAGAGGCCCCAUACAAUUUUCUAGGCCAUUCACAUUCAUUUCUAAUUUAAUUAUUUAUUAUAUGACUGUGGCUUGGGGAUGGGGGAUGAAGGUGGGGAUGAAAGAUAAGAGGCCUCCACAAAUUAGUUACAAGACCCUUUUUUGUAUGGAGGGGCAUUUUAGCAGAUGCAUUUACAAAUUAUUUUGUCUUCCUCUAAAUUUUGUCUUCGUCUUUUUAUUAUGCUUCAUUGGCAAUGCAUUAUAUUUAUCUUUGACUUAAUAUCAACAGACAAUGAUAGUCCAGUAGGAAAAGUCUUACAAUUAGCAUCUAAGCACCAUCAUACAAUUAAGGCAGUCAGUAGAGAAGUCCUAGAUCAACUUUCUGGGAACAGGCCUCAUCAGGUCAGGGCAUAUUCUUUAAAAAUAAAUAUUUAAUAACAAAUUCGCAACUUUGAGCAUAUUAUUUUUUUUAACAUAAUUAAUAAUUAACAUAUUUACAAUGCUAACCAAAAGCUUAUAAGAUGCAUGUUAAAAAGGUAGACAAAAAGUGACACAUCACACUGAGGCACAUUGCACAGUGGCACAUCACAGAGUGACAAAUUACAAAAUAGCUCAUCAUACAUUGGCACAUCAUACUUUGGUACAUUACUUAGUGGCACAUCACACAGGGGAGUAUUACACUGUGGCUGACACACCAUCACACAUUACACAUCGGCACAUCACACAGGGCACAUAACACAGGGCACAUCUCACAGGGGUAAAUCAUGCAGUGGAACAUCUGAGAUUGGCACAUUAACACACACAGUGGCACCUCCAAAAAGUGACACAUGCACAGUGGCACAUCACACAGUGUUAAAUGACACAGUGGCACACUGCACAUUACUCAGUGGCACAUCACACAGUGGCAUUCAUACAGUCCACAUUACACAGUGGGACAUCAAACAUGCAAGGGGUAUAGACAACUAUCAAUAAAGUAUUAAGAAUAGAAUUAAGAAAAUCAUAUUAGCUACAUUUUUUCAUUAUCAUUUUAUCAUGAUUUCUCUAGGGUGUUUGUAUGGAUGUUGACAGUCUGAGGAUACCUGAAUGGUGUGAACAAGAUCUACCAAAAACGUAAUAAAGUUGUUAUAUUUGGUUUUAUCUGAGAACGUAAAAAUUCUAAUGAAUAUCCUUAAAUCAAAACCACUAACCACGCAUCAUUUAAAUUAUUUAAAUUAUAGGUUUAAAAAAAUUAUAAUUAAGAAAUAUUCAAACUUAAAACCACUCAUAUGAAACAGUUUGUGUGUGUGUUUUUUUUUAAAAAAGCAAUUUUAUUUUCUAAUUUUUAAAAUAAGCCAACUGUAUUUCUGAACAUAUUAUCUUUCCCAUUCACUUAGGUCAACAAAUUUUCCAUUUUGGUUGUUAAUGCAGAAUAUUAUGGUAAGUAGGCUUAAUACUCUUAAUCUUAUCACUACCUUUGAUUUCUUUGCAUAAAUUUUUUCUUUUCUUAAGACCAUAUUUUAAAAAUAUUUGUCUUAAAUUUUGCUCUAUGCGUUAACAAGUGGUUUCUCAUUCAAAACAGUAGGUGUAACUUCAAUGUUACCUUUCACUGGUAUCAAAAUUUAAAAGAAUUUUGGGUUAUUUCAUUUAUGUUUUUACGUACCAAAUACAUGUUUGAGGAUUUUUUUUAAAAAAUUUUUUAAAUUCAUUUUUUUAAUAGGAUCCCAUGAACUUUGGUGCAAUUCUAAGGACAGCAUAUUAUUUAGGUUUGGACAAAAUCAUUGUUCCGGCUAAUAACAGGUUUGUGCACUUAAGAUCAGACCAAAGAAGCAAAUUAUCUACUUAGUCAAAUUAGGGUUAGAAAUUUGAAUUUAAUUCCUCGUAUAUGUCAAUGUCAUGUGUGUUUAUGACUACUAUUUUCUUACCUUUUGAAGAUGGCUUUUACAUUACAUCAAACAACUAUAUAAUGCAUAGUUAUAGUAUAGACCAAUUCUAAUAUCUACUUGUAUCUAUUAUUUCAUGUAUAGUUUCAGACUUAGGCCAGUUCUAAAUAAUAACUAAUAUCCAUUGUAUGAUGCAUAGUUGUAGACCUAGUCCAGUUGUCAGUAAAGCAAGUGCAGGAGCCAUGGAGGUUGUUGAUCUUGUCCAUUUAGCACCAAAUACAACUGAAUCAAAACUUUGUUCUGUAAGUUAUCUAUUCAGUUUAACUAUUCAGUGAGUCUUGAAUCACAGCCAGCUUUGACUUGUUAAAAAUUAAGUAAAUUAGUGCAGACUGAAUAAAAGUAUUGUUUGAUUGGAAUAAGUCUAAGGACAAAAAUAUUUUUUAUUUGUUGGUUUUUUUUUGGUGGGUGUGUGUUGGGGGGGAUUGAUGAAGGGUUUGUUUGCAUAUUGCAGCUUUUCAAACUAUCUCUACAAAAUUGAGAAAACAAAGGCUAACUACUUUUUUUUUUUUAAUUAUUGAAAUAACUAAUAAUAAUAGAAAGAUUAACUUAACUGAUGUAAGAUCUUAAGCUUAAAAUAAUAUUAUUUUGAUGUAGGGAAGUAAGAGAUUUUGAUGACACUUUUUGUUGAUCAACAUUUUAGUGGUGGAAGGAUCAAGGUGGAGAAGUUGUUGGGACAGGAGUUAGUGAUGAUUCAAAAUGUAUUCAAUUAAAUACAUUUAAGAUGACAAGGCCAACUUUACUUAUUCUAGGUAACUAACUAUAAACUAUACUAUAACUAUAUUAUUAAUACAGAAUGGGUGAUUCAAAAAUUAAAUUUCAGGUUGAAAAUUUUUUAAUGAGAAAUAUUAAGGUGUCUAACAUUAAAAACAUUUCUCUCCAAAAUUAAAAACUCCAGAUAGUUAAGUUUCUUAUUUUGUCUUGUCUGCUCUUGUCUGAUGAAGAAGGCCUAUAGCUGAAACUUUCUCCUUUUAUUGUCCUAUCUUUUCAUUUCAGGUUUCAAAUUACUUUGUUCCACUAUUUCCUUCAGAGUUUGAACACUGUCCUUUAUUGAUGAUCAUUUAUUCUUCAACAUUAAACUUAACUACCUUAUUCAUGUAGCAUGGAAAAAUUAAUUCCAUUUUAUUCACUAUUACUAAUACCCAGUAAGUCAUUAUUGAAAACAGACAUUUUAUGUGACAAACAUUUUAACAAAUUAUUUUAUUGCUAUUGCGCUCAUAACUUUAAAAAUGUCCACAGGUAAUGAAGGCAGUGGUAUUAGUAAGGAACUAGAAGAAAUUUGCGACACAAUGAUAAGAAUACCAGGACAAGUCUAUCCAUCAACAACACAAAUUGACUCUCUCAAUGUAUCUGUGGCUGCUGGUUAGUAUAUAAAAAAACCAAGUGUAGUUUGAAAGUUAGGAAUUUAUUGCUGUUAAAAAGUUAUUGACCAUUAAAAUUGAGAUCAUUGUGCAUUAAACUUUAAAUUAAUUAAUUUGAAUAAUUUAUUCAGAAUAUAACUUAAUGUUCUAAAUUUGCACCUUGAAUUGAUGAAACUUAAUUUAUAUUCAGGAAUUUUAAUGCACUGGAUGAAAGCAUUAAGAUGACCACUACAAAACUAAAGAAUUCAAGGCUUUCUGUAAAUGUAUCAUUUUAUGUGGAUGAAGUGGCCAAAGAUUUUGAGCUGGUGUCAAGAAAUUUUAAAUGUACCCAAGUUAAAAAUAUCAUUGAGUGCUCUAUAAGUGCUCAGUUGCAUGUUUCUAUUUUAUUAUAAUAAAUAAAGUAAGCAAGCCUGAGUCCCAAUACAAAAGAUUUUCUUUAAGUUUCUUAAUUGCCAGAAUGAUGGUAUGCUAUUUAUGUUGCAACAUUACAUUAGUGGCAGAGAAAAUCAAUAUGCAAUAUAAUAUUUUUCAAUCUCAGAUUUGGAGUUAAAGCCAAUCAAAACAGG